GGUGCCUAGCCGGGUCAGCCUUGUGGAUGUGUUACCGUGCGCAUGGCUGUGUGGCUCUUUGGGGGUCGCCUCGGCCUGCGCGGGCGUCUCAGCGCCUGCAGGCUGCUGUGUCCCCGUUUCCAGAGCCGUGGCCCUCAGGGCGGGGAAGACGGGGACAGGCUGCAGCCGUCCUCGACGGCAGCCAAGAUCCCCAAGAUUUACACCAAGACAGGAGACAAAGGGUUUUCCAGCACCUUCACAGGAGAAAGGAGACCUAAAGAUGAUCAAGUAUUUGAAGCUGUAGGGACUACGGAUGAGCUAAGCUCAGCUAUUGGGUUUGCCAUGGAGUUGGUCACAGAAAAAGGCCACAUGUUUGCCGAAGAGCUGCAGAAAAUCCAGUGCACGCUACAGGACAUCGGCUCCGCCCUGGCCACUCCACGUUCCUCAGCCAGGGAGGCUCACUUAAAGCACACGGCCUUCCAGGAAGGGCCUGUCCUGGAGCUGGAGCGGUGGAUUGACAAGUACUCCAGCCAGCUCCCCCCGCUCAAGGCCUUCAUUCUGCCGUCUGGAGGCAAGAGCAGCUCUGCCCUGCACUUCUGCCGCGCUGUAUGCCGCCGCGCCGAGCGACGUGUGGUGCCUCUCGUCCAGAUGGGAGAGACGGAUGCAAACGUGGCGAAGUUCUUAAACAGCGUGAUCCUGACGGUGCUUCCUAACUUGCACACACACCAGAAGUCAUCUUCCUCGCUCCCAUGUGGGGACUGGCUUUCAACAGACACUGAAUCCCAGUCCUGUGCAAGGCCUGGCACAGUUGGCCAACAAUGUCUGCAGACCUAAUGUGGAAGAACAACGCCCAAGCCAGGCCCUCCCAUCUACUGAAUCUCCACGAGACAAGUAUGUGCUAAACGUCCAUGAGCCAUGUAUGUGCUGAACCUCCACGACACAUGCAUGUGCACUGAGGACAGGCCAUUGGCUGACACUGCAACCUGGAGACCCAGCUUCUGUUUCCACUCCCCAGGAGCCUGAGCUGCCCUGGCUUCUAACCACAUGCAGCGUGGGUACACGGCCCGACAACACUAUCUAUCUAUGAGGUGUUUCUGAGGCUCAGCUGCCUCCUGCCAUGGGAUGUUCAAGAACCCUGGAUGACUGGAGACCACCCCGGAUGGAGGUGGGCUGCUUCCAUUUGAUCGGCUCUUGGUGGUGGGAGCCAACAGCUUGUUUCCCAGGGACCAUUGGCAUAGCACACAGAAAGGGAAAACCAGAAACUAUGGUUGCUACGGUCCAGCCAGUGGUGUGCUCACCAUCAUUAUGAAAAUAUCUGGGAGCCGAGGGAAGAAGAAGCACACAUGGUGUCCCUCUCCACAGAACGCGUUCAGAUGCAGGAGCCAUGCCCACUGUGGA